UGCAAGUCCAUAGGCCGUAUUGGUUUUAGCUGUUAGUGUUGUUAUUAUCAAACAAACACUACACAAUAUUAUUAUUUUGAGGUUAAGAAAUAGAAAGAUAACCACUAUAUUUAUGUACUAGUACCACUUUUGAUUUAACAGUAUCUAAAAUAUUUAAAAAAGUUUAAUCUCACGAGCUCUGAAGAAUUUUCACACUAAAGUAUAUACCUAGAUAAAGACUUUCGCAACAUGAGUGACCGCCAGAACAAAUUCCUUGAUAUUUCGACGAUUGGAUUUACAUUUAUCGUUGGUUAUAUAAGCAUUAAACUCUAUAGAAAGUUGCUACGGAAGAAAGCAAAAGAUUCUUUUAAAAAUUUGAUAGUUGAAAUGGCGGAAGAUGAGUACAGUUGUUGGGAUAUUGUAACAAAACUGCUGGAGAAAUGUAAACAACACAAUGCCUUAGGGUUUGAUUGUGAAUGGGUGACUAAGGGAAGUAAGAGACAACCUGUAUCUCUUCUUCAACUUUCUACACUGGACGGAUAUUGUGGACUGUUCAGACUUUGUAAAAUGAAACGUAUACCUGAAGCUUUGAAGGCAUUAUUACAAGAUGAAAAUAUAUUCAAAUUGGGUGUAGUGCCUGCAGAUGAUGCAAAAUAUUUAGCAAAUGAUUAUGGAGUUUGUGUGAAGUCUACACUGGAUAUUCGACACUUCGUGGAGUUGUGUGGUUACAUACCCAGUGGCCUAGCAACACUAUCAGAUUCAUUGCUUGGUGUUACUUUGGAUAAAGAUUGGAGGAUUCGUUGUAGUGAUUGGUCUGCUGAAUAUCUUACACAACGUCAAGUAAUGUAUGCCGCAACUGAUGCUCAUGUUGCAAUCAAGAUUUUCGAUAAAUUAAUCAAUAAAUUAUAUUACACCGGAGGCCCUCUCUAUUGGUUAAGAAUUUAUAAGUUUGAUGGUUUCGUCCGUGACAUGUGUUGGAAGUAUACUGAUGUCUCUUAUAAGGCCAAGACAAAAACAAAAAACAAAGAAUUGGGGACAGGAACAAAACUAAAGGACCCAAAUGAUAAAUUAGUUUUUAAAAAAAAACAGUGCUCUACAUCAAUAGCUAAGCCCCUGUACCAUAAUUGCUACUUGGAAGCUCCCGAUGGAGAGCUGCUUUGCACUUUGGAGGACAAAAAAGCAAUGUGGUAUGUGCUGAAAGAAUUAGCUGAUGUGAUAAAGGAGUCACCUCUGACAGUGCGGCUCCGGUUUGAGCCGUCAGGACGGUCCGUAGGAGACGUGGGCAGAUACUACCAGGCGGUGAAAGAGAACAAGUGCGUGGUGUGUGGCGAGAGCAACUUCUACACUCGGAAGAAUGUCGUGCCCAAGGAGUACAGAAAACAUUUUCCCGAAUUAAUGAAAGAGCACUCGUCGCACGACGUGCUGCUGCUCUGCCUGGUGUGUCACCAGCGCAGUAACAUGUAUGACCAGGCCGUGCGUCAGCGACUCAGCAGGAUGUGCGACGCGCCGCUUACUGCCAGCGACUACACCCAGUACAACGAGGAUGCGGACUGCAAAAAGAUACGUUCAGCGGCGCGCGCGCUUCUAUACCAAUCGCAGAAGCAUGUUCUCCCUGAGGACAGACGAAGAGAGUUGGAAGAAAAACUUCUCGCGCAUUAUCCUCAGCACAGCCACAUCACAAAAGAAUUGCUAGAAGAGGCUGUUCAAAUAUCUGUACUCGUAGAAAACCCGGAGUAUGAGGCGCACGGGAGUAAGGUGGUAGAGUACUUCAUGCAGCACGAGGGUCUGCUGAAGCUGGAGGAGUUGUGGAGGGAGCACUUCCUCAGUUGUAUGCGGCCCCGGUACUUGCCACAGCUGUGGUCUAUCAAACACAACGAAGACAGAAUGCGUGUGCGCUUAGCAGAGGGGAGGUUGUCAGAGGAAGAUAUGAAAUUAAUUGGAAUGAGACCUUAAUAUAAUAUGAAUAGUAUUAUAAUAUAUAUAUGCUGCGAAAUUAACUAGGCGUCGAUUGCAUUGUUCAACCGAGGAAACAAACAACAGUGGAGUUAUUAUGUACGCAUUUUACUAAGAGAGGGGAAACCCUGCCCAUUACAAUGAUGUGCCGCUCAGGAUUAUUAAAAAACCCAAAAAUUCUGAGGGGCACUACUACUGCGUUCGUCACUUUGAGACACAAGUCUCAUUUGUCCAGUAAUUUCAAUAGCUACGGCGCCCUUCACACGGAAACACAGUAAUGCUUACACAUGACUGCUUCACGGCAGAAAUAGGCGCCGUUGUGGUACUCAUAAUCUUGACGGCAUCCUGUGCAAAGGAGCCUCCAACUGGUUACAAGACCCUUGCUAUUACAUUUACACAAUACAACAAAGACCCAUACAGGAAUAGAGAAUUCCUAAAACAUGUACUUGCGAUGCCAUAUCAUCAGUAAUGCCACAUUCUUAUAUAAAUGUUAAAACCACA